UCGGACUGAGGCUGUCGGGAUCGCGGCGGGAAGAUGGCGACCCUGUGGGACGGGUCGGGAGCCGUGGAGGCUGAGGGGAGCCCGAGCAGCCGGGGGAGCUCGGGAGUGGAGCUGGUGCUUUCCUCCGAUCCCGCCACGCCCGCCCCGCUGUGCCCUCACGGACCCACUCUUUUGUUUGUAAAGGUGAACCAAGGGAAAGAAGAAACACGGAGGUUUUAUGCCUGCUCGGCCUGUAGAGAUAGAAAAGAUUGUAAUUUUUUUCAAUGGGAAAAUGAAAAGUUGUCAGGAGCUAGACUUGCUGCCCGAGAAGCUCAUAACCGAAGAUGUCAGCCUCCUCUAUCCAGAAUGCAGUGUGUGCAAAGGUACUUGAAGUUUGUUGAGUUGCCAUUGUCUCAGAGAAAGUUUUGUCAAAGAUGUCAGCAGCUGCUCUUGCCAGACGACUGGGAGAAACAUCGUGAGCAUCAGGUCCUAGGUGAUAUAUCUGUCGCCCAGUUAAAAAGGCCCAGUCAGCUCCUUUCUCCGCUGGAAAACAAGAAGACGAAUGCUCAGUAUUUGUUUGCCGAUAGGAGCUGUCAGUUCUUGAUAGACUUACUUUCAACCCUUGGGUUCAGGAGAGUGCUGUGUGUUGGAACACCAAGGUUGCAUGAGCUGAUCAGGUUGAAAGCAUCAGGUGACAAGAAGUCUAACCUUAAAAGCCUUUUAUUGGAUAUUGACUUUCGGUAUUCGCAGUUUUAUAUGGAAGAUAGCUUUUGCCAUUAUAACAUGUUUAACCAUCACUUCUUUGAUGGAGAGGUUGCCCUUGAAGUAUGCAGAACAUUUUUACAGGAAGAUAGAGGUGAAGGAGUCAUUAUGGUGACAGAUCCUCCUUUUGGUGGCUUGGUUGAACCUCUGGCUGUUACAUUCAAGAAGUUAAUUGCUAUGUGGAAAAAAGGUCAAAGCCAAGAUAACAAUCACAAAGAAUUACCCAUUUUCUGGAUUUUCCCUUAUUUUUUUGAAUCCCGAAUUUGUCAGUUUUUUCCAAGCUUCCGCAUGCUGGACUAUCAGGUAGAUUACGAUAAUCAUGCACUUUAUAAACAUGGAAAGACAGGUCGGAAACAGUCUCCUGUGCGUGUUUUCACCAAUAUUCCACCCAACAAAAUAAUCCUUCCUGUUGAAGAAGGGUACAGGUUUUGCCCUCUGUGUCAACGAUAUGUUUCUCCAGAGAAUCAGCACUGUGAGCACUGUAAUUUGUGCACGUCCAAGGAUGGCAGGAAAUGGAACCAUUGCUUUCUCUGCAAAAAGUGUGUGAAGCCUUCCUGGAUCCACUGUAGCAUUUGCAAUCACUGUGCUCUUCCAGAUCAUUCUUGCGAGGGCCCUAAAGAAGGCUGCUUCAUUUGUGGUGAAUUAGAUCAUAAACGCAGUGCUUGCCCUAACAUCUCUACUGCGAAAAAAGUUAACAAAGCUGUCAGAAAGCAGAAGCAAAGAAAAAGUAAUAAGAUGAAAAUGGAGACCACUAAAGGACAAUCCAUGAAUCAUACAUCUGUUACAAGGCAGAAGAAGAGGAGAGAGAGCCCAUCAAUAUCGUUGCUCUUAAAUGUCCAGUGACUUGAGAAUAAGAAAGAUUUAUAGUCCAACCUUUGAUGCCAUUUUCUGCAAGUGCCAUGCUGGACUUAAAUUCUGUCACUUUCAAAGGUGUGCACCUUUCUAAGCUAGAUAAUAGGCAGGUGGCAUUUGCUGGUUUGUGGACCCCUCAUCAGUGUCUCAGGAGACCUGGUGAGUUGUUCCACCACUAGCUGGUUUAUAGCUCUGUCUCUUUUUUCUCUGUUUAAAUUCCUUCCAAUCAUAUUAUUUUAGUCUCUUUUAUCUGAAAAGUGGGUGUAGAGUAUUCUUUUGCAGUCAGAAGAAAAUGAAAAUCUGAGGUUUUGUUUAUAUAAGGAUAUAUUAAGAUAAAUGUUUUAAAUUAAAUAUUAAAAUAUUGUACAAUGGCUUAAACCCCACUUAUUAAGAGAAGUACAAUGUACAGUUAUUUUUAGACAAUCUGAAAAUGAUGGAAAGAAUUUUGACAAAGGCAGCCUAAAGCUAUAAAGAUUAUAAUUAUGGUUACAGUAUUAAAUAUGUUUUUUCAAGUACUUUUUGCAAUUGGUCCUUUGAUGGUAUAGAAUCACCCAAAUGCUUGUUGAAUGAAUGAAGUAUUUAGAAUUAGGACUUGCUCCAUUAACCUAAGCGGUAAGUUUCUCUGUGUAAAAGUAGUGUAGAAGGUAGAAUAGUUCGGUGAUUAAAUCUCCGUAUUCCUCUUUCGACUAACACUUCCUGGCAUCAUUAUGUCCUUGCCAGGUUACUCACUUUUUAUUUAUUUAUUUUCCUUCAAGAUGGAUAUUAUUAAUAUCCACUUUUCACAGUUGAGGACAUUGAAUAUAUAAAGUAAUAUUCUCAUACUUUGGAAAGUUGGUAAAAGUGGCUGACUUCAGACGUCAGCACAAGAAUCUACCUACAGAGAUUUUGCUAUUUACAGUCAUAAUUUCUUCGUAAAGAAAUUAGGGGGAAAAUGGGGCUGAUCCUUAGCAAUAAAAAGGAGACACAGUUACUAGAUCUUGGAUAGAAAUUAGAGACAGACUUUCAGUAAAUGUUCCUUGGUGCUGUAUUUCUGAUCUCUCUGUAGAAGUUUGUGCGUGACCUGGGAUGAAGGUCUUGCUGGGCCUUGCAGAUAGAAUUCAGAUAACCUGAUUGAGGAAAGAGAUUUGUUUGGAGGGCCUGGCUUAGAGACCACCUCUGUCUUAUCAUCACUUAUCAGUGUUUCCCUACUGCAGGCAGGAUGCUUGCAGCAAAUAGUCUAUCCUUUGUUCCUGAUUUAAUUUUAUACUGUCUUGAUUAUGCACAAAGUUUCUAAUAUAUCUCAGGCACUUGCUUGUUGCAAGGCACUUCAUGUAGGUUCUCCAAGGAUCAUUAGUUCCACAGGAAUCAUUUUGGAGGCUUGAAGACCCAGAUCAAGGGACUGGCAAAUACAUUUUUUGGUGAGACCUUUUUUCUGGCUUGUUGAUGGCGCCUUCUUGCUGUGUCCUCAGACAGCCUUUUCUCUGGAGAGAGGGAGAGAGGCAGGUUAGUCCCUCUUUAGAAGCCCCUAUUUCUUCAUUCUCAUAAUGGGGAUAAUAAUAGUUACACCUCAGGUUUGUCUUUGUGAUGAAAUUCAUGUGCACCUGGCUCAGUCAGUCCUGGUACUGGUGAGAAGUGUUAGCAGUGAAGGUUGCUCUGGAGCCCUGAUGUUGAUCAUCUGGUGGUCUAGCAUCACAGCACUGUACGAAUGGUGUAGUUUGAAUUCUGAGAACAAACUCCAAGUUCAUCUCCCCAUUUCUCUGCUAGACGUCUGACAUUAUCUCCUGAAAACUGAACAGUUUUGAAUGGCUUACA